UCUCUCUCUCGCCGUCGUGAAUCGCUCCGGGGUUUCCAGCCACCAGAAUGCUCCUGCAUCUUCGUGAGUCCUCCGUCUCCGUCUAUUCUCCAUCGUGAGUCUCUCCUUCGAAUGCUCCUGCACCUUCGUGAAUCAUCUCCGUCAAGCGCUUCGGCAACAUCGUGAAUCAUCGUUAUCGACUGUGUCACAUCCAUUUCGUUCAUCCGAGUUGAUAAAUAGUAGAUUCGAUGUUGAUGGUGAUGAGGUUAUCUAGACGAAACAGAGGACAGAAGGAAAAGAUGAUUGAAGACUUGAUCCUUACAUAAUCCAAUUGUGAGAUGACAAGAGGUAAAUAAAACCUAAUAUUUUCAAAGGUUAAACCCAAAGAUUAUGCAAAAAACCUAUGUGCAAAACUCUGGGAAUUUCACUCUCACCAGGGACUCGAGAAAACAUGUUCAAGAAUCGGUUGUUCACAGAAAUGGUUCUGCUGUGCCGUCUGCGUCUUCUGCUAGUUACCGUAGCUCGUUGGAAGUUACACCAGAAAAUGAUGUAAAUCCUAGAAGUUCCUUAGGAGAGUCGAGCUGCAAGUCGAAAUCUUCGAGAGAGUUAGUCAAGGUUCUCGAUCGUAUGUGGCGUCUUGAAGAACAGCAGGCAUCAAAUAUAGCAACAGCGAAAGCGCUGAUAAAAGAACUAGAUUCUUCUCAAGCACAAGAAAAAGAGUUAGUACAUGAAAAGAAAAUGAAUAGGCAGAUAAUGGAGAGCUUAAUGAAGCAAAUAACAGAAGACAGACGUGUUAACGAAAUCAAAGACCCUCUUGUUGCUGCUUCAAUAGUUCAUGGUGGUUCAGUUGAUGAAGCAAACCUGUAAGUAGUUUUCUCAGCCAGCCUCUUGUUAAUGAGGUAGAUCAGAAUCAAGACAAUCGACAACAGUAAACACGUAAACUACAGUGUAAAUUCUUACUCCACCCCCACCUUCUAAAGGUUAUUUAUGUUUUUUUUUUCUUACAUAAAAAAAAAGCUUAAGCAGUUGCUACUAGUUGCUACUUAUCUGUGAUUUGUAUUAUUCCAACAUUAGAAUUGGUUAAUUAUACAAUCAAGAUGAGGGCAUUGUAUAUGUAUAACAGUAGAAAAGUUCAUAGUAUGAACUAUUCCUAAUUUUCUGUGUUA